AUGUCAUUUGAUAGUACCAGCGUUCGUACAUCAGUUGAAAAGGAUUUCAAGAACCGUGAGUUCGCCCAGAACAUUUCUCUUGGUAUGAUGCGUGUUGUUAGAUUCCUUAACACUUUCCAUUCAAAUGUACGUGGCAGAUUAGCCGACUUAAACCAGAAAUUAACACAACUCGAGAGACGCCUUGUUUUCAUUGAAAACCAGUUGAAGUGCUGCACAGAACAGCCAGCUUCUGCAGAAUAA